CUUGGAAGCAUCAAUUUGCGCACUCGCAUCUCCCAACGACAACAUUUUCUGCUGUCCGAACCUGUCGCCCGACGACCUCCAGAUUCAAGAUGUUUGCCCUUUCAGAAGAGUCCAAGGAGCGCAUUGCCAAGCUCAUUGACAUUUCUCGAGUCGCCAUUCACUAUGGCUACCUUCCUCUGAUUCUCUACCUCGGCUACACCCGCAGCGACCCCCGACCUUCAGUCAUCCGACUUCUCUCUCCUCUUUCCUAAACGCAAGAACAGACGGGCAUGCGAUGUUGUACGAUAUACGAUUAUAAUACGGCUCAAGGGCACGGGAAAAGGCAUGCAACAUGAAGAGGCGAACAGCCAGAGAGAAGCUCAAUGUCCAGCAUUCAUCAUGGCGUUUGGGUAAUAUGCACAUGUCUUGGAAGAAGGCAGGACAGGGCACGGGACUGGUGAUACAAUAAGGUAUGACGACAACGUCGCCGAGAGGACGCAAAGGAGGACACCAAAUGCUGCCAUGUACCAAUAAGAAUGUAUUAUCUACUGCUCCGUACUGUAAUUGGACCAAGUAACCACUCUGCGAG